CAUAAAGCGCCAUCUACCUAAUAGUAGAUUACUAUAAUCAGAAUCAUUAUAUUCCAGUGAGUCAAGGGCAAGGCUGCUUGUAGUUACGAGUAAGACUGAGACAGAUAAGUCACAUCCCACUCUGUUCGGUUCUGGGCGGAAGUUUUGUUGAAUACAUUCUCUUUAUCCUAGCUCAAACCUGUUGCUUUACCUGGUGACCAAUAAAUUGAUUAGCUACUGCCACAAUGAUCAAGGGUGUGUUGGUGUCAGUGCUAGUGGUGGUGUCUGCAGUUGCAUUGGGGCUAUACAUAGACUACAACAAUGCUUUCACUGGUAUAGCCCCAUCACCAAUAAUGCAAUGGUGGGGAGAAGGUAAACCUAGAUUAGAUGAUGGCAUCAUCAAACCAUUCAAAAUCAACUUUCCCAAAGAGCUUCUGGAUGAUUUGCAUCAUCGUCUCAGCAACACUCGCCCUUUCCACCCACCACUAGACGAUGUGGGUUUCCAGUAUGGAUUUAACACAGAGUUUCUGCAGACUGUCCUGGACUUUUGGAGAACGAAAUACUCCUGGGAGGAACGUCAAAAUUACUUGAACUCCCUGCCUCAAUACACAAUGGAAACUCAAGGCCUGCAGAUCCACUUCAUCCAUGUAAAACCAAAAAAUGCAAAAGGAUUACAUGUAUAUCCACUCCUGCUAGUCCAUGGUUGGCCAGGUUCUGUGAGAGAAUUUUAUGAUAUCAUCCCUCUGCUGACUACUCCAAGAGAAGGACAAGAUUUUGUGUUUGAGGUAGUUGCCCCAUCACUGCCUGGCUAUGGAUUUUCACAGGCUACAACCCGACAUGGUCUUGGACCAGCCCAGGUCGCCGUUGUCUUGCGCACUCUUAUGAAGCAACUGGGUCACAAAAGGUACUAUGUCCAGGGCGGAGAUUGGGGCAGCAUCAUUGUCACUCUGCUUGCACAGAUGACCCGUGGUGAUAGGAUUCUUGGACUUCACACAAAUAUGGCGUAUGUUAUGCCAACUACUGGAAUGAUGGCGUGGCAAAUCAUCGGCAGUUGGUAUCCAAGUCUUAUUGGUGAUGAAACAGAACAGAAGUAUGUUUAUCCAAUGUCUGACCACUACUCCUUUUUGCUAGAGGAAUCUGGAUAUUUGCAUCUGCAAGCUACCAAGCCUGACACAAUAGGUGUAGCUUUGAGAGAUUCACCGAUGGGGCUGGCUGCUUACAUCUUGGAGAAGUUCUCAACUUGGACUGAUCGUUCAUGGAAGAGUCUCAAGGAUGGAGGUCUUCUUAAAAAGUUCAAGCUGGAAGCUCUAUUGGACAAUGUCAUGAUCUACUGGAUGACAGGCACCAUCACUACCUCCAUGCGUCUGUACAGUGAACACUUCAACAGGACCCAUCGAGCAUUGGGCUUUGACCAGGCACCAGUAAAAGUACCUACGGCGAUAGCUCGUUUCCCCAAUGAGCUCGCCAAUCAGCCUCGAUGCUUUUUAGAGAAAAAGUUCACGAAUUUGGUGCAAGUAACAGACAUGCCUACAGGAGGUCACUUUGCAGCCUUUGAGGAACCUAAACUGUUGGCUGAUGAUAUUUGGGAUUUUGUCAGCGCUCUGCAUCACAAAUCCACCUAGGCCACCUGCCCAAGCCUACACAAAGUGCUAACAACAAUAAUUAUAAUCAAAGACUGACUUUUAGUAUACAUUUCUUACCAAUAAAGCCUUAUUACUUUGUUAA